AUGAGUUACAGCAAUCUUGAGUUCCACGAAGUGAGAUUGUCUGAGGAGGGCGUUCUCCAUGUUGAGAUCAACCGUCCUGAUCGCCUCAAUGCCAUGAACGAGCCGUGCUGGACCGAGUACGGCAAGAUUUUUGCCCAGGCAGCCAGAGACUCGGAUGUUCGCGCUGUGGUCGUGAACGGAGUGGGUAGAGCGUUCUGCGCUGGUCUGGACGUUGUGGACAGUGCGCAGGGCUUUGCUGAGCGCCAGCAGAUGGACACUGCUCGUGCCGGACUGAAACUGGGUGAGCAUAUUCGUGAUUUCCAGCUCGCCCUGCAUCAGGCCCAUCUGAUCAACAAGCCGGUCAUUGGCGUGGCCCACGGCCCCUGCAUUGGCUUGGGCAUUGAUCUGCUCACCACAUUCGACGUGCGCUUUGCCGCCAAGGACGCGCUAUUCUCUGUGCGCGAAAUCGUCAUUGGCAUGGCCGCUGAUAUCGGCACUCUGCAGCGGCUGCCCAAGAUCGUUGGCAGCCUGGGAUGGGUCAAGGAUGUGUGCUUCAGUGGCCGCAACUUCCAGGUCGACGAGGCUAUUGCCCAAGGCUUUAUCCAGCGGGCGUACGACUCUCGUGACGAUGCCGUUAACGCUGCUCUGGAAUACGCCAAGGAGCUGUGCAAGUUCUCCCCCGUGGCUAUGUGGGGCACCAAGCGCUCGAUCAACUACGCCAUUGACCACACGACUUUGCUAAAGGAGCGAUGA